CCAUCAUUUUUGUUGUUCUUUCAUCUUUAAGCUUAUUAGUUAUUACCCAAUACAUCAUCUAUUUUCUUAUCUUCUUCUUCAUCAUCAUCAAACCAACACACACAGAACAACACAAUGGCAGGGAUAGGGCUAUCACUACCAUCAAACUCCACUCACAGACCUGCAUUCUCAUCCUCCACACCUCGAUCUUCAUCUCCUCGAUGCUGUUUAUCCUCCGUUAAGAUGACGGUUUCCGUCGAUGAGCAGAAGAAAACCUUCACUCUCAAGAAAUCCGAAGAAGCUUUCAAUGCCGCUAAGGAAUUGAUGCCAGGAGGUGUUAAUUCCCCGGUACGUGCUUUUAAAUCAGUUGGUGGUCAACCUAUCGUAAUUGACUCAGUAAAGGGUUCACACAUGUGGGACAUUGACGGGAAUGAAUACAUCGAUUAUGUUGGUUCAUGGGGUCCCGCUAUCAUUGGGCAUGCAGACGACGAGGUACUUGCAGCCUUAGCCGAAACAAUGAAAAAAGGAACCAGUUUCGGUGCACCGUGUCUUCUCGAAAACGUACUGGCUAAAAUGGUCAUAUCAGCCGUACCUAGUAUAGAAAUGGUUCGGUUCGUCAACUCAGGAACCGAAGCAUGCAUGGGUGUGCUUCGGUUAGCCCGCGCCUUCACCGGAAGAACAAAAAUAAUCAAAUUCGAAGGCUGUUACCACGGUCAUGCGGACCCGUAUCUAGUCAAAGCCGGUAGCGGGGUCGCUACUCUCGGGCUUCCGGACUCCCCCGGUGUCCCGAAAUCCGCUACCGCAGACACCCUAACAUCCCCGUACAACGAUAUCACAACCGUCGAAAACCUUUUUAACGCACACAAAGGUGAAAUAGCUGCGGUUAUACUCGAGCCCGUUGUAGGAAACGCAGGCUUCAUUAAACCAAAACCCGAGUUUCUAAACUUUCUUAAGAAGAUCACGAAAGAAAACGACGCGCUACUUAUAUUCGAUGAAGUUAUGACGGGUUUCCGUUUGGCUUACGGUGGGGCCCAGGAGUAUUUCGGUGUAACACCGGAUUUAACGACUUUGGGAAAGAUUAUCGGUGGCGGACUUCCGGUGGGUGCUUACGGUGGUAGGCGGGAGAUAAUGGAGAUGGUGGCACCUGCGGGACCCAUGUACCAAGCCGGGACCCUUAGCGGCAACCCGCUAGCCAUGACCGCCGGGAUUCACACCCUCAAACGACUUCAAGAACCGGGGACGUAUGAGUACCUGGACAAAAUAACGGGUCAACUUAUCGGGGGUAUUGUAGAUGCGGGAAAAAAGGCCGGGCACGCGAUUUCUGGAGGACAUAUUAGUGGUAUGUUCGGGUUUUUCUUCACCGAUGGUCCGGUUUAUAGUUUUGAAGAUGCUAAAAAGAGUGAUACGGCUAAAUUCGCUAAGUUUUAUCGGGCAAUGUUGGAAGAAGGUGUUUAUUUUGCUCCUUCCCAGUUUGAGGCCGGGUUUACGGGCUUGAAACAUACAGAGGAAGAUAUUCAACGAACGAUAGAUGCUGCUGAGAAGGUAUUUAAGGAUCUUUAGAUUCAGUUGAGUUUUGUUCUUUAUUUAGGUUGUGUUGAGUUUGUAGCCAUGAUCUGCAGUUGUAUUUGACGUUUUCGUGUUAGUGCAUCUACUUUCGUUCACGUAACAGACUUUAAUUCCGUAAAAUAUGCGUUUAUAUCUUUCGUUGAUUA